UCAGAUUGUUCGGGAUCUAUUCACAGCAGCAGCUCAUCCUCAGCAGAAGAUAUUUGUUAUUGAUUAAUCUUAUCUUGUUAUACGACAGAAUGGACGCAGCCCUUAUAGCGGAGAGGGAGGCCUUCAAGCGGCGGGCUAUGGCAGUCCCCACCGUGGAGAACAAGAAGAAGAAGACCGAGGAUUCGAAGAAGUCUUCAGGAUCUAUGAAACCUCCAAAGGGAGGAUCCUUCAAAUCAUUCGGAGCAGGAUCUCAAUACAAAUUCGGAGUUCUAGCUAAAAUCGUACGACACAUGAAGCAUCGCCACAUGGAGGGAGAGGACCAUCCUUUGACCCUGGACGAAAUUUUGGACGAGACGAAUCAAUUGGAUAUUUCAGGAGCAACCAAGCAGUGGUUAAUGUUGGAAGCUUUAGGU